AUGACACUACACAGUUAGCAAAUAAAAAGUAAAUAAUUAUUAUUAAAUUACAUUCCAAUGAAUGGUUUCCACAUCAGUGCUACUUAUAGUUGGAAAUAAUCUCUGAUUAUUAUUUUGGUUUAACGAUUUUUUACUAUUUACUAUUGUCAAAAUGGAUAUGAAAGUACUUCUAAGUGGGGUGAAUACCUUUACCAAUGCUGGCAUGGAUAAAGCUUUAUUGUUAAUUACGGAGCGUGAGCAAGAAAUAAAUAAUAGCUUAGAAACUCUACUAGCCAAACAAUGUCAAAUAGAGGGAAAAAUGAGUGGAAUUGGUCGUUCUAUGUCAACAUUAAAAGCGCUUGCCAAAGACUCUGAAAAGUUAAAUUCCAAAAUAAUAUUUACAGCUGAAUUAGCAGAAUCAGUUAGUGCUAAAGUGCGUCGUUUGGAUAUGGCACGAACGCGAGCAUCUGAAUGCCAACAGCGUGUGCAUGACCUCAUUGAUUUACAGCUUUGUAGUCAGGGAGUGAUGACAGCCAUACGUGAUGAAGAUUAUGAAAAAGGUGCUGGUCACAUUGGUCGUUUUCUGGCAAUGGAUCAAAUUUUAUUGCAGCGCACCGCUGAUGACGUACAAGGCUCUGUAACAUCUGUUAGUGAUGCUGUAAAAACAUUAGAAAACGCAACAAUAAAUAUGCGAGAACUUGUUUCUCGUCGAUUCCACGAAGCUGUCAACAAAGAUGAUUUUGCCUCCGCGGAACGGUUUGUGAAAAUAUUUCCUUUAUUAGGCUGUCACCAAGAAGGUAUUGAAAAAUUUUCCAAAUACAUUUGCACAAAAUUGGCGGCAAAGGCCCAAAAGGAAUUGCGCAACUCUAUGGACAUAGCAAAAGCAGAAAAACGUUUAGCACUAGCGUACGCCGAUUCAUUUACAGUAUUACUAGAAAAUUUUGCACGAGUAAUAGAGGUCAAUCAACCAAUCAUCGAAGCAUGUUACGGUUUAGGCUAUUUAAUGAACAUGGUAGUCAUAUUACAAAGGGAAUGCGAUGUAGAAGUUAAAAACUUAGUGUUAGAGUUUAAUAAAAAUCGCCAAAUCUCCAGACGUACGCAGCAAAUAAAUGAAAUUCAACGUACAAUGAUGUCUAGUAGUAGUGGAAUACAAGCCUUAGGUCAUUAUCGAAAACCGUCAGGUGGUUCAGUAGAUAAACUAAAUCCGAAGGAUGUUGAUACCAUUAUUGCAGAAAUCACUGUAAUACACUCAAGGGCAGAAUUGUAUUUCCGUUUUAUUCGUCGUAAAGUUAUAGCUGAUAUUGAAGCUAGUACUAGUGACAAAUCUGAACAAAAGGCAAAAAUUGAUAAAUUUGAGAAUAUAAUAACCAAAUCAGACUCUAGUAGGCAAAUGCAAGAACUACUUGCCACUUAUUUGUUAUUUGAAAGGUAUUUUAUGGAGGAAAGUGUUUUAAAAGCUAUUGCCCUCGAUACUUAUGAAUUAGGUCAACAAUGUUCUUCAAUGGUCGAUGAUAUAUUUUUCCUGCUACGAAAAUGUAUACGACGCUCAUUGAAAACUCAAUCUAUUAAUGGGGUUUGUGCGGUGAUUAAUAAUGCUGCUACUUGUUUAGAUGGAGACUUUGUAAACGCUCUGAAAGCACCAUUAAAAGUCGGUUAUCCCUCUGGUUAUAUAGAUUUAGCGCAAGCGUACAAUGCUAUUCAAAGCUCACUGCAGCAAGGUAAGCUGCAGUCAAAUGAUACUGACAAAGCACGCAAUAAUUUCAUUGUACAAUUGAAUAACGCUGAUAUUUCUACGAUAUAUAUUGAAACACUUUGGAAGACAAUGGAAAAUGAGAUAAAUGCUGCCUUUCCGGGUAUAACAGCUGUCGAACGUCAAAUUAUUGAUAGUUGCAUUUCAGAAUUGAAAACAGUCCGCGAUACCUUAAAAGCAUGCGUCGAUUUUGGUAUGCAACAGUUGCGUUCAAGCGCAAUUAAACCACGUCUUAAUCCUUGGAUAGAUCAAUUUUUAAACUAUAAUCAUUAUUUGACUGAGGAAGAACUCGCUGCUUACGAAGCUGGUGAAACUUUUGUGCAGUAUUUAAUAGUGCAAAUUGAUGGACUUUUUAAUUUAUUCAAAAACUCUUUAAGCCCAAGAAAUUAUGAUGCUUUAGUUAGCAUUCUAGCGACAGAAGUUACAUCACGUUUGGAACGUGCAAUUAAAAAGACAACAUUCAAUAGGCUUGGAGGUCUUGUUUUAGACCAAGAAGUUCGAGCAUUGGGCACAUAUUUAACAAGUGCUACCUCCUGGUCUGUGCGCGAUAAAAUGACACGUCUUACUCAAAUAGCUACAAUAUUAAAUUUAGAAAAAGUAUCAGAACUUACUGAUUACUGGAAUCCAGAAGUUAGCAGUGAUAUGCCAUCCUGGCAUUUAACAUCAAACGAAAUCAGAAGCAUUUUGACUUUACGUACUGAUUUUCGCAUGGAGGACAUCAAACGUGUACAAAUCUAAAGUUUGGAUUUUAAAAGAAAUUUUAUUAAUAUUUACAAAAUGCGUAUUCGUUAUUUUUUGUGAUUUUAUGAGUAAUUAAAUUUUGAUUAUUUUUGCAUUUUAAAAGUAAAAAUAAUAAUAAUGUUUAAAGAAGAUAUCUAUCAACUUUCAAAUAGGCUAUUAAACCCUUAUAAAUACGUAUUAAGUAAAUGACGUUUAAAGUGUAAUAUA